UACUAGCCUCCCUUUGAAAGGGUAUACUGGGAAGAAGCAAGCAGUUCGAAGACUGCAUUAGCUGACGGAUGUCAACAUUAUGCAGCCGUUUUCUUGUUAGUUUGACAGUUUAUCUCUUACAGUGUUAGUGUUUCAGAAGAAUGGAUUGGAUAAAUAAGAUUUCUGUGCUGAACAUCAAAGAAGAAGGCCAUGACAAGACUAGGUUGUAGAGCUGAACGAUCAGCCAUCAGGGUCCAGCUGAAUGACUAUAUCUUUGCCCUGAAUUUGUGUCAUUGGACCCUGCUGCCAUUGCCUGUUUACUCCUUGAUGACUUGAAUUCACAUUCAACUUGUAACAGCAAAGAGUUGUAACUGUACAGUACACUCCUUUGUUUUUGUGUCUCACCGCACAUUUUGCUGUUCUGUUGUCUUUUCCAGUAAAGCAUUAGAAAUAGACUAACAGACAACUGACCGUAUUCUGUAAGAGAUGUUUCAAAAAGAAACUGCACAUAAUUAGAUAGGUGGACCAGUGGACUCAGAGACCACAAGCACUUAAUAACUAUUUGCUAGGAAAGGUAUAAUUAUGGGUGAAUUUGGCAGCAGCGGGAGUUUGGAUCGUUGGGUGUGUCCCAACGACCGACAACUUGCUCUCAGAGCCAAGUUAGGGACAGGAUGGUCAGUGCACACAAACCGCCUGGCAUCUUUUCAGAGAGGUGAAAAUCUGAGUUUGGAGGAACAGGAGCAGAUAAUGCGUGUUAUUAAUAGAGCCGAGUACAUUGAUCACGUUGAACAAGAGAGAAUAGGGCGUUUAGUGGAGAAACUUGAUAACAUGAAGAAGAAUGCAAUUGGAAAUGGUUCAACUCAGUGCAUCCUUUGUGGAGAUGAGUUUGGCCUCUUGGGCGCUUCUCCCACUUACUGUGAUGACUGCAAGAAGGCAGUCUGCUCCAAAUGUGGUGUGGACACUUUUAGUAGUGCCAGGCAGCCACUCUGGCUUUGUAAAAUUUGUGCUGAGACUCGUGAGGUCUGGAAAAGAUCAGGUGCAUGGUUCUUUAAAGGUCUGCCAAAGUACACCCUGCCAGAAAAAAAGCUGGAAGGUGGGAAACAUUCGACCAGAAUGAAGCCUCAGUUGCGGGGUUCUGUAAGAGGUCGACCAGGAAGCAUUCGUGACUCAAACUACACUUGGCACAGAGCCCGAGGCAGUUCCAGCACUGGUACAGCCAGUUAUGGAGAAAGCAGCGAACAAGAAUCAUCUGACAGCUCUGAGGAUGAAAUAAGCAUCUCCAGGCACAAGUCUCGCAAGAACCAUGAGUCAGAGAGUGACAACAUUAGCAUUGGCAGUGCACGUAGCUCACACUAUGACCAUUAUACACGGACUGAACGCAAGGCAAGCGUGACAAGCACCAGCUAUGGAGGUGGUCACGUCAGUGCAACAGAAAGCAGCCGGGGAGAUGAUUUGCAUGAUGAGACAGACUCAGAGAGAUCAAGUACUUAUCAAUUUAGCCGAGAUGGGUCUCACAUGUCACAAGAGCAUUUCACUCCUGCUGUCGGUGAGGAGCAUGCAGAAGAUAUUGACAGAGCUGUCAACCGUUAUGUCAAAUCUACAAAACCAGCUAAUGAUGAAUGUGAUGAAGCCCAGGUAUCUUCUCCUGAGAGUGAUGGCACAUCAUUGGGUUCUUUGGAGUUCUCGUUGCUGUAUGAUUCAGCCAACAAUGCCCUUCACUGUACCAUAGCACGAGCAAAAAACCUGAAAGCUAUGGACUCUAAUGGACUUUCAGAUCCAUAUGUAAAGCUGCAUCUGCUACCUGGAGCUAACAAGUCAACAAAGUUAAGGACCAAAACAAUCCACAAAACCUUGAAUCCAGAGUGGAAUGAGUCCCUCACCUAUUAUGGCAUCACAGAAGAUGACGUGCUCAAGAAAACACUGAGAUUGUCUGUGUUAGAUGAAGAUGCAUUUGGUUUUGACUUCAUUGGAGAAACUAGAGUACCCCUGAAGAGGCUUAAGCCCCAUCAGACCAAGCACUUCAAUGUACAUCUCGAAAAACAACUUCCUCUUGAGAAAGAUGAUGAUCUAAUUGCAAUAAGAGGCAAGAUUCUGUUGUCACUAAAGUAUGCAACUGCCAAGCAGAGCUUGCUGGUGCGCAUAAUUCGAUGUGCUGAACUUGCCGCCAUGGACAGCAAUGGCUAUUCAGACCCUUAUGUCAAAGUUUACUUGAAGCCUGACAAGGACAAGAAGUCUAAGUUCAAGACUACUGUGAAGAAGAGGACAUUGAAUCCAGAAUACAAUGAGGAGUUUACAUAUGACAUCAAACACAAUGAGCUGGCGAAAAAGACAUUGGAGAUCACAGUAUGGGACAAGGACAUUGGCAAAGCAAAUGAUUUCAUUGGUGGGGUUCAGCUUGGGAUCAACUCCAAGGGAGAACGUCUGAAACACUGGUUUGAAACCCUCAAGAAUCCUGAUCGAGAGUUUCGUCGCUGGCAUAUUCUUUCAGCUGAACUCACACCUGAGCCUGAUGAAUAUUAAACCAAAGAACAUGCCUGAUACAGUGCAACAGAUUGAGAUUCAUGUUACAUGGAUUAACAUCAGUUAAAAAAAGGUUUUUGCUUGAAACAAAAAUGGUGAAUGCUGUUCUGCAUUGUACAUUCCUUUACAUUAUCAAUCAUUACAACAGUUUCAUCCAGUGUUAUAGUGGCUUAACUCUCGAGCUAUUUGUUUAACAAGAUAGUCUAGAAAAGGCUUGGAAUAAAUGAGGUUUGUUCUAAUUCUGCAUCAUUAAAAUAUACAUUACUGGAGGAUGGUGAAAUAAUGGUGAAAUAAUUUUUUUAAUCAGUGAUGGACAGAAAAUUGUUGCAAAAGCUCAAAAGCCAGUUUAGAAUCCUCUUGGAAACUCACCCCCCCCCCCAUCCCAACACACACAAAGCAUUGACUUGUUUGUUGUCUUGCCAUCUACCCUCCCUCAGCUGUAAGCUUGAUGUUGCUACACUCCAAUCACUGUAACUAAAUCUUUGGAAAAAAACAGACAUCCUCAGACUUGAAGUAAAAUAAUUUUCUUUGUAUCUCUAAUCGCUUACAUCAUAAUACAGUCAAUAUUUUACUGUCUGUAUGUAAGAGAUUAUUUACUUCGGAAUUUGUUGGGGAUUGAUCUGUGAAGAUUUAGAACAGUCUGAUGUAGUUAUAGUGGUCUAAAACACUUUAUUGUUUUAAAAGUGAGAUUUUCUAGAGCAGUAUAUGUAACAUUUGUUCAAAACAUUACUCUGAAAGAAAUGAUUUAUCAGCAGGUGGGGUGUACUAUACUUGUAAUGUUUCCAAGUUUAUACAAAGAAAGGUGUGCCAUCUUUAAUGACCAGAUCAUGAAAUCCAUAUUCUGAAGAAUUUUUGUGUGAAUCACAUUCAGUUUUUCAGCCACAUUCCAAAAGGUAUCUAUAGGCUUAGAAUACUGUAAAGUUGCUGUGUGAACGAAAGAUACUUUGUAACUCUAGAAUUUAUUAGAUGUUGUAACUAGUGCAACCCUGCUGGUGUCCUGGACCAGAUACUUGGAGACUGUGGGAAAAUUGUUGAUUGCAGAGGUUUUGAUCAAAACAUGUAAUGAAACAGAUUGAUAAAGCAUGAAUACCAUUUGGUUUUAUUCAAAAAUUGGGUAAUCAUAGUGGGACAGAGACAGGGAGCAGAAAGAG